GCCACAUUUCCCCGUUUGUCUCUUUCAUCAAUUCAUCUCAUCUCUCUAAUUUCAUUCCAACCGUUCCUUUACUGACGCAACACUUGUUCGUCAGUUGGUUGCUCUAAGAGAUCAGUUCAUUCCUCUUGUCUCGGGAUAUUCCUUGGAACUGUCAAAAUGGCCGUCAGCCCGCAAAUCACCAACAUUGUCGUCGUCCUGUUUGUUAUGCAGGUGUCGAAGAAGAUCGACUUCAAUGACCCUACUAUCCUCUUGAGUGUCCGUGCUCUCUACCUUAUUUCCAACCUCAUCAUUGCGGGACUUUACUUGUACGUCCAGAGCGUGAUCAAUAAGAAGAAUGAUCUGACUACGCUCGAGUACGUUGAGCCCGCUGCCCCGGGGUCGGGCGAGUCGGCCAAGCCUGUGUCGACCACCUUCAAGGGUUACGAUCUUCAGCAGCUCCGCAGCCUCUUCAAGGGUCAGCUCAUGGGCGUUGGCAUGAUGGCUGUCAUGCACUUCUACUUCAAGUACACCAACCCGCUCCUCAUCCAGUCCAUUCUCCCUCUGAAGAGCGCUUUCGAGUCCAACCUCGUCAAGAUCCACAUCUUUGGCCAGCCCGCUGCUGGUGACCUCAAGCGUCCCUGGAAGGCUGGUGGCGGUCUCAUGGGUGCUCUUGCUGGCGGCCAGGGCCCUACCACCGACAAGAAGAGCCUUGAGGAGGCCCAGAAGAAUUACCGAGGUGGCGCCAAGGAGGAGUAAGAAUGUGCUUAGACAAGGGUUUCCGAUGUCUUUGGCAGAAUGGAUAAAAGAAUUCCCUAGUUAUGGGCGGAUAGUUUACAUAGACGAGGUCUUACUGGACUGGAUUGCUUUUUUCCCUCAGCAUUAAGAGCUCAACUGUAGCAUAAUGUAAAGAUAAAAUAAUCAAAUUCAUUUCAAAUAUAUUGGC